AUGGUUUUCAUGGACGAGGUCCAUUUUAACUCUAAAGAUUUAAGAAAAAGAAGUGUCUUGGGUCCGAAAUCCCAAAGAGUACAUGUUUCCACAGACUCUUCAUUAUCUUUUUCGUUUAGCCUUACUGUUGCCAUUAGAUUCGACGGCUCCAUCUUUGUUUCACCACAACGAUCAACCAACGAUCAAUAUAAUUGUCUUGACUACAUCACUGCCGCCAUCGAAUCCGAUUUCUUGAAAGAAGGAGAUGUCUUGAUCAUGGACAACGCCACAGUUCACUUAGGUGAUGAUACCCACCCUAUCAUAGUGGAACGUCUGACCAAUGCUGGGGUGGAUAUACGUUUCUUACCUGCCUAUUCGCCAGAAUUGAAUCCCAUUGAGCUAGUUUUUGGCUAUGUCAAGAACUAUGUCCGUCAUCACAGAACUCUGCAGGAGUCAAACCUGACAAUAGUUUUUCUUUGUUAA